GCGAGUUGCCAUGCGGGCCUCCUCGCUGUACGACAUCAUGCAGACGGCGACCGCCGUCAUGGAGGCGAAGGAGCCGCCCGCGAUAGAGUACAUUCACAUGGACGACAGCAGCGCGCUGAUACCUGGCGGCGCCAUCGCGCUGCAGAGCCGCGAAGGCCGCGGGCUUAUCCUGCAAUACGUGGCGCUCGGGCUUCUAUAUGGCAUCAUCCCGAGCCUCGUCUACCCGCUCUUCAACCUCUACCUCGGCCUCACUGGCUACGAGGUCUUGGCGUACUCGAUCCUCAUCUCGUUCGGUUGGCUCCUCAAGAUCUUCUUCAGCGUGCUCAGCGACUGCGUGCCCAUCCGGGGUUACCGGCGCAAGCCAUGGAUGUUCCUCGGCUGGAUGACGACAUGCGUCUCCCUCGCGUUCCUGACGCUCGCCAACUUCCAUGACCCGUUCUGCCGCAUCCGCCCGCGCACCGAAACCGCGUGCAACUACACGCGCCUCGAUUCUCUGAGCGCCUCCGAGCGCGACGCAACGUACAACAUGGAGACACGGGCCCACGGCCACCAAUUUGUGAUCGCGUCUGUCUUCAUCGGUCUUGGCUACGCCAUGGUCUCGGCGGCGGCGGACGCCGUGACGGUCCACUACGCCCAGCGCGAGCCGCUCGCUCGUCGUGGCUACGUCGCCGCCGUCAUGUACGCGAUCCGGACCCUCGCCGCGGUCGUUGGGCACGUCUACGUGUGCAUUUUCACCAACUCGCGCGGGCUCGGCGGCUCCUUUGACUUUGACGUCGCCCCCAACGUCGGGUACGGGCUCCUCCUCGUGCCAUCAUGUAUCGCGCUCGUGGGCACGGCGCGGGACGUUGUCGAGCCGCGCAUGGAGGCCGUCCGUGUCUCGUCGUGGCUCCAUCAACUCUACCAGCUCAUGCAGUCAAGAGUGCUCUGGCAGGUCGUGGCCUUUCGCGUGCUGCACAACUUGUUUGCGUCGUUUCACUCGAACGCGCUCCUCCCGCUGGCCGAGCAGUGGGGCAACGUCACGGCCCUCGACGCCUCCAUCAUGGACACGCUGAGUCUCCUUGUGAUUGCGCUCAGCUUUCUCGGCAUCGCCCGCGCCGGCCUGCUCUGGAAUUGGCGCUGGCUCGUCGCGGGCUCGAGUAUUCUCGCGGUCGGCCUGGACGUGGCGCUGGUGCUGGUCACGAUAUGGGACGUGCGCCGCGGACCGUACGUCAUCCUCUGGGUGCCCUUCGCCGACAGUCUCUGCAUCGCCAUUCGCUUCAUCGUCGCCUUCUUCUGCGCAAUCGAGAUUGCCGAGCGCGGCAACGAAGGCACGGUCGCGAGUCUCGUCACGAACGCACACCAUUGGUCGACGCCCCUCGGCACCCUCCUCUUCUCGACCGUCGACAAGACGCUCGGCGUCUCCGAGUCCAUGUGGCUCGACGACUGCGACGCCGAUCGGUGGCACGUCACCGCGUCGAUGCUCAUUUCGUUUGCGGCGCAGCUCCUCGCGCUUCUCUGGCUCGUCCUCUUGCCGCCGCAGAAGAUCGAAUUGCAGUACCUCAAGAACGAAGGUGGCAAAUCGCUCUGCGCUGCGCGUGCGCUCGUGGGAACGCUGCUUCUCGGGCUUACGUUUGCAAUCGUGGUGACGUCGUUGACGCUGACGCCAGACGCCGCUUGCUUCCGCCUCGCGAACGGCCACUGCUGACUCUCUUAUUUAUUGGUUCUCUAACUAAUGUUAUUCUCGUCUGUGGGUUUUUGC